AUGGUUGCGAAGAACGUUGGCGACCGAACAGUCGGCCUUGGUUGCUAUGGGAAUGGCGGGAAGCUGUGCUUCUAUGUACCUGCUUCUAGGGCCUUCGCGGGUGGGAAAGACCCUGCUGGUGAAGCGGCUGCAGAAUAUCCGAAGCUGAGCUCCAGAAAUGGUGCCAAGGACCUUGGAGAGCCACCAGCAACUUUGCCAACGGUAGGCACAAAUCUUACUGAUCUCUCAAUAGGAAAGAAAAUCACCAUUCGAGAACUAGGAGGAUGCAUGGGUCCUAUCUGGUCCAGUUACUAUAGUGACUGCCAUGCUGUCCUGUACAUGAUUGAUGCUGCCAACCCUACCCAGAUUUCCUCAUCCUGUGUCCAGCUUCUGUCCCUCCUUUCUGCUGAACAGCUAACAUCAGUUCCUGUCCUCCUCAUUUUCAACAAAAUUGACUUGCCAUGCUACAUGUCCCUGGUGGAGAUGAAGUCGUUACUCCGAAUCCAAGAUAUCAUGUCUUGUGCCAAACAGGCUAUCACUGUGGUCGAGAUCAGUGCACGGGAUGGCAGGGGCUUAUCUGAUGUAAUUAAGUGGUUGCAAUCCACCCUGCGGGAUUAAAAUUGGAGUGUGGAAAUGCCAGGAAGCAGAACUGUUUACUGUAGGCAGUGGAUCAACAUUGCUAUCACAAUUUUUGAUGUAGCAUAGAUAUAAAAUAUGUUAUUUAAAUUAUUCAGUGGAUUGCCUCUUAACUGGCAAAUUGGAUUGCUGCUACCGUAGAUGCAUUGAAAAGGAACACAUUGUAGCUUCUAACUGUAAGUGCAGUAUGAUAUAGAUUGUAUCAUUUUUCUCUAGUUAUUUGUACAAAUGAAAUAAUGGCAAGUAGAAUAUAGCUGUAACAGGGGCACCUAUUAGGUUUUGUAGGUAACAUGAAAUUUAAUUUCAGUCAAUACGUUUCAUAUUAUUUGCUGGUCCAUGAAGCCAGAUUUGAUGGAAGUACACAGCAAACAAAAUCCAAUUCCAUAACACACUAGAAAUUCAGAUUGCACAAGCCUGAGUACUUCAUUCAAGAAUUCGUGUGCAUUGUCUCUAUGUUUUAGUUGUCAGUAGUUUAACUAACUCUGACAACCAAAAAUUCACAAUCCUAACAACCAUUAACUUGGACUUUAGCAGACAGCUUUUGCCAAUGGUGCAAUCUGUGCUGUUCCCUCAGCCAGAAAUUCCAUCUAGACCAAUAUACAGAGAGAACAUUGACCUACUGUAUUAAAUACCAUAUCCAAUAUUUGCUGAACUGUAUAUUCUGUUAAUUUUCUGUGAGAUACAUUAGAAAUAUGUUAACUCUG